UCUUCGAAUAUAAAAACUAACAAAAUUCCUCUUGACUUUCUAGUUAUGAGUAUAGGCUUCCAACAGUAUGAUGCCCUUCCCACAAAUAUUCUUGCUUGGAAUUGUUAUUCCAUGGACAUCAACAGCGGCAGCAGCCCAAUCCUUGCCCCGUUGCCCCGAUCGGUGUGGCAAUUGCAAAGUUCCAUGUCCUUUCGGCAUGGCUAAAGACUGUUACACGGCUGAUAAAAUUUUCAUCACUUGUAACCAAACUUUCCAGCCUCCAAAAGCUUUUGUUAAUGGUACUAAUCUCCCUCUUUCCAAUAUAUCCCUUGAAGGUGAGUUGACUAUCUGGCAAUCUAUAGCUCGAGAGUGUCGCAACCAUUCCCAGAAAGCAACAACAAAAGAUCUUCCCAAUCGAGCCGCCAUCUCACUGCCACAGGUUACCUUCUCCGGCAGUGAAAACAAGCUUACUGCCUUAGGCUAGGAUACUCAUGCGGCUCUCAGAGGUUACCGCGGCAAAAAAUGUUUCACAACAGAAUGCACAUCGUUGUGUGACAGCAACAAUAUUACUUAUGAAUCUUGCUCUGGUGUUCGGUGCUGCCAAAUUCCUAUACCUUCCGGACUGACAAAUGUUACGGUGCCAGCGUCAAGCUUUCGUUCAGGUAACUAUUCAAAGGUGCCGGAUUCCGAUAACCAUCGGGAGGGAAGGGCAUUUAACCCAUGUAGCUAUGCGUUCGUGGUGGAAGAAAGCAAGUUCUCGUUUUCAAACUCGAGUUUCGAAGAAUUAGAAAACACAGAGAUGCUUCCUUUGGUUGUUGAUUGGGCAAUUGGGGAUGAGAAGUGUAAGGAAGCUGAGAAGAGAAGCAAUUUCUCAUGCAAAGGAAACAGCAGCUGUGUCGAACCCAGCAAAGAUUCUGCUGCUUUUGACUUUGGCCGACGCUUACCACUUAACCAAGGGAACCCGUACGUGGAUGAUGGUUGCCAAGAUAUUGAUGAGUGCGAGAUUCGGAAGAUUGGAAAAUGCCGUAACCUACCAGAGAAUUGGAGUUCUCAUUGUCUAGCUGGGUACGUUAGAACUGAAACUGGCUGCAGCAAACUCCAUGGUUCUAGGUUGGGGAAAAGUUUCUUGCGCCAUGCGGCACAUGUCUAUGAGUUCAUUCAAAAUGGGAGUCUUUCCCAACAUUUUCUUAAUAAUGGCCAAGAAUCUUUGCUUUCAAGAGAAAUGAGGCUGAGGAUAGCACUUCAAGUUGCACAAGCACUAGCUUAUAUGCAUUCUGAAGCUUCAAUGCCCAUCAUAUAUGGAAAUGUGAACCUUUCAAACAUAUUGUUGGAUAAUAAUUACAUGGCAAAAUUAGAUUGUGAAGUUCCAUACCUCAACAAUAUUGUUGAUCAUGAAUCCUCCAUCAGGUCGUCGGGCUAUAUUGAUCCAGAAUAUCUUCAUUCAGGAAAGAUAACAGAGAAGAGUGAUGUUUAUAGCUUCGGAGUUGUUUUAAAAGUGCUAUUAACAGGAAAGAAGAUGCCAGUCCCUUUGGAUGAACCGAAUGAUGAAAGAAACUUAACAACGUUAUGCAACUGUUCAAUGGAUGAUGAUGAUCAGUUAGAGCAGGUUCUUUAUGACAGCAUUGGCAAAGAAGAAAACAUUGAAGCACUAAAGGAAGUCUUCUAUCUUGCUAAAGUGUGUUCAAGCAAUGAAGGGAAUGAAAGACCUACCAUGACAGAAGUAGCAGUGAAGCUAGAGACACUGAGAAAUAUGUGCAGAAAUGCAACCACUUCGGAAACUUGA